UUUAUAGAUCAUUAGCUCAGGAGGGUGAAUCUAUAGAAGACUUUUACUCAAAACUCUUAAAAUAUGGAAAAAUGCUUAAUCUUGAUGAGCAACAGAUUAAGGAAAAAUUUCUAAGAGGGUUGUCUUCAGACUUGAAGGAUGAUGUGGAACGCAUUGAUAUACUUGAUAGCAUUGCACCUGUAGAUUGGAUAGAAAAACUCAAAGCUAAAAUUGGCACUAAUAUGCUAGCUUAUGUUGAAAGUUUAUUUACUUCAGCUCUAUCUAUUCAAAAAUCCAAUUUUA